AUGUCGUAUAACGCAAAAUACGAGGAGAUGCGCUUCAGAGACAUAACGGAAGAUAUGGGAAACCAGAACCUAUGCACUUUUUGUCUUGUUUUCUGUUUGAUUUCUCUAACAGCACACAUUCAAGGAACUGUUGCACAGGGAUGUUCCUCAAGUGACGCUCUCACCUGCAGUACUAACUUCGCCAAUGCUUAUAGAGCUGCUGCAAACAAUUAUGAAAACAUUUGCAGUGCAGCUCACCAGUUUCUUGACUGUGUAAACAAAGUGUUGACUGCCUGUAGCACGGACAGCCUGUCGCGUAAUAGUGUAAACCAAUACAUGAACCAAGCAAGGCAAGAGCUCAACCAAUACGGGUGCGGUGCUGCAGGCCUCUUUUUCAAUCUGUUGGUCAUGGUAUUAGGAGUCGCAUUUUCAUACACUUUCAAAAAGUUUAAUGAUUGAAAGGAUCUUAAACCACGUUUACACACAAUUUUGCAUGCAUAAUCUAGACUUCAUCAAAAGAAUUUUAUGUACUAGUAUGACUGUGUAAUCCUUAUUUGUAGAAAGAAUUAACUUACUUAAAUGCUU